AUGACGACCACUGCAAUUCAAGCUACCGCCGUGGUCAUGGGCUCAUUCAUGUCCGGAGCCAUGAUGAGCGUCUAUGGGCUCGCAAUGCCUGCCUUCUUGCAAACCGUCACUCAGUCAGGACAGCUUGUCGGCUACCAAAGACGCCUCUAUCAAAUCGGAACGACCAAAGGCCGAGUGUUAGGCCUCACUACAACACUUCUCUACGCUUCCGUGUCUGUUCACCAAUACUUGGCUCGUAAACCCUGGCUUGUAUCUGCCGCCGCUGGCCUUACUACCAUCAGCCUGGUUCCUUUUACAGAGAUAGUGAUGGCUUCAAUUAACAAUGCGCUGGCUCGCCUAGAGACUGAAACCAACAAGGGGGUGGUCAUUUCCAGGGAGGAGACCGAGCAGCUGGUGCGAAAAUGGGACUGA